AUAUCAACAACAACAACAACCCCAGCACCAACGACGACAACAACAGUCUGCCAAUAUAGAUUCGAUUAUUGCAAUUUUCUUAUUUGACCUAAUAAUUUUUCCUUGUAGCUCACUCCACACAACCACGCUUGCGAUGAUUUUGAUCAAUUUCUAUUAGCGAAUCCAACUGUUACUAUGCCAUCUAGCGGGGAUGGAUCUAUGGAGGCGUCGAUCUGCGGCAGAAAAUAUUACGUAUCUAAUGCAACGGCUUCAAGGAACGAUGCAGCUUUGCGGUGCAAAUCGCUUAAAAUGGCGCUUCUGACCGUGACGUCCUUUGAGGAAAUGGACUGCUUAUUCAAUUUCAAAGCUGCAACAUAUUGGACAAGUGGCUCGAAACCAGACCCAAUCUACAAAGGGGAAAAAUACAAGUGGUGUUCGACGGGGUUCGAGGUUUCUUCCAAUUUAAUCGACGCAGAGAGAUUUUGGUCAACGCCAAACGCUACCUCUGACCUCCAGCAGUGCCUCGCUUUCACCAAUUCAGGCCAGAACAACGGAUUUUCGCACAAAAUAUGCACAGACCUGCUACCCUACAUUUGCCAGUACACAGUCGACUGUCCUAAAACAUGCAACAAAAACAAUUCCCUCUUUGACGCCAAUGGCAGCAUUUUAAAAAAAUCCUCCUAUGGUCUAUGGUUCAGCAUUGGAAACUUCACCUAUUUGCUUGGAAACAAGCCACUGAAUUGGUUCGACAACUAUCAGCGGUGUUGCGCUCUUGGAAUGGAAACUCUGAAUGUGGGCAGUUUGUCGGAGCAAAAUAUGCUGACAGCUUUUUCCCUGACUUUUAAUAAAGACAACUGGACUGCGAAUUUCAACUACUGGACGUCAGGCACCCAGAAAGGAGCCCCAGAGGGAAAUUUUUCUUGGUGCGAUCCCGGAGGGCCGAAGCCUCUCGUCUCCUCUCUUAUUUGGCAGCGCGGCCAGCCUGACAACCAGGGCGGAAACGAAAGCUGCGUCCACUUCCGCUUCGUGCUGAACAACACGGGAGCGAUUCUCUCCGACAGAAACUGCACCAACAAAUACAUUUACGCCUGCAAAGGUUCAUUGACGACAACUCCCAAGCCCUGCAAGGCCUCGUGUAUCGCUUCCGCCUGCACCAGAAAUCCAAAUUUAUUCGCAGGCUUGGAGCUGAGGGAAAAUGAAGAUGCAGUUGGCGACUGGUGGUUGUCUGGAACCGAUUUGAACUGCGAAUCGAACUUCCAUUGGUGCUCGAAUGACCGCGGAUUCGUGAGUAGCGAAAUCGCGUGGAAGAGCGGCCACCCGAAGGCCGGCUUUGAUUGCGUAUAUUUAGAGGCGAGGAACGGAUCGAUGCUCUUGGCCACGGACAACUGCGACGAGAAAAAGAAAUUUCUGUGCGAAGUGAGGAAGAAAGGCACCUCUGGCAUCGCCAUGCAGAGGGAGUGUGCUGAAACCUGGGACAUAUCACCCGAGGAAAUUGAUCUACUGCUGAACGUGUUGGCUUUUUCGACGGCAAACAUCACACAGAAUUUAAAGUGCUUCCUGAAAUGCAUCGGUGUGGAAGUUGGAAUGAUCGGCUUUGGCGAUCUGAACGCAAUUGCAACCCUCCGAAAUAUUGAGUUGGUCUCAAUGGAAGACCCGGUAAAAAUGGAGAGAGGAUUUGUCGCCUACGACGAGUGCAGUGGAAAGAAAUCGGACGACGAAUGCGUGACGGCCUUUGAAACUUACAAGUGCGGCAUGGAUAAAGAGCCUGGCAUUGUGAACGAAAUCGUGAUGAACAAUGCUGGCAACAACACGGAGCUUGUCCCUCCAGUGCCGUGCAUUCCAAUUCCCCGCACUUGCUGGAUGGAAGAGACGCUUCCUUGCGUUGCAGACGAAACCCUGAUUGCGGAGUUUAAAAGCACUGGAUAUACCUCCAUUGGAAAGGCAACUGCAUUUGGUCCCAGCCUCAACCAAACAGCAUUUGUCUCGAAUGCUAGCUCAAAUAUUGGAUAUAAUGUUGCUUUUGCGUACACAUACUGUUGUUCACUGAAUAUGAAAUUACUGGAGCCCGAGACUUUCAAUGAUUGGUACAUACCCUUCAGAGCAUAUGCGGGAAAUGGCUACUUGUACAGUCCAGUGGCUGGGACGCGGUCCAUCAGUCCCUAUCGGGAUGUUUGGUGCAGCAACGGCAAGCCGGUGAAUGGAAUUCUCUUCGAGGACCGAUGGAAAUACGACAAUAUCAAAAUCUUCUGUCAGAGCACAUUCAUCGUGUACCCUUUAAUUGCAGAUGAAAUGUGGGUGGUUUCCGUUCCAGGAGCCGAUGUUCCGAAUGGAAUGAUCAAGCAAAUGAGCAAUGCCAGCGCCACUUAUAACGUAGCAAAUGAACCUGGCAAAAUCGUUGGAUUAUUUUUUUGCGUGCCAAAAUGAGCACGGACAAAAAAGCUGUUGGUAAUUCGAUUAUUGCUAUGAAGUUUGUUGGAUGCCAAUACGGAAACUGCUUUUAAAGUGGAAUGAUACUGGGCAACAAUUGAACAUUAUUUUAAUUGUUGGAUGCCAUAAACAAUUGAUCGAUAAACAAUUUGUUCAACAGUUUGCAAUAAUAAAAAACAGCCCUUACUACAAUAAAAAUUCAAAUUUUGCCAAUUUUCUCCAAAAUUUACAGUGUUUGAACAUAUUUUCUUGGCAUAUUCCGAUUCCUCUCGUCGAGAUCUGUGCAACGGUGUAUGCCACUUAUUGGGGAAACUCUUGGUUUUGAAAUUAAAUCGGAUUUCAAGUAAGGAGACAGCCAUUACCAUUUGAAAAGCACGCUAACUUUCCAGACAAUUUUCUCAAAAAAUUACAGUGCUUCUUAUGUCAAUUUAGGCUUUAACUGAAUCCUAAGGGACGAGUUUAUGUAUUCGCAACAAGCAUUUUCCAGGCUUUUCCAGUAUCAUUCCUCUUUAAAUAAUUAAAAAUUAAUUUAAAACGUAAGGGUUUCAAGUAAGAUGUCUUGUUCUCAAGCUUGAUUUAAAAUCAGAAUGUUUUUAUAAUUAUGUUAAUUUUGAUUUUGACACCUGACACCUUAUAUCAACCGUCAAAAUCGUGUUUCUCUUAUACUUUGAAACAUUUAAAUUCUUGUAUUAUCGCACGAUUUAUUUAAGCCAGCAGUGACGUAAUUAUAAUGUGUGCUGGUUGUGGUCCUAUCGCUGUUGAUACACACUCUUUUCUCUUUCUGUUCUGAGUGCAUUUUUGGUUGUGGGUUUUGUGAAUUUAGUUACAUUUUUAAAACUUAACAGUGUGCGAUACCCUAGAGGAUUCGGAAUAUAAUUAAGAAAAGUAAAAUAUAUGUAUAAACGUUGAAGAAAAUUUACGAUGUAUGAGCAAUAUGUAAAGAAA